UUCAAGAAUCACAAGAGGCGUGGAUUCGGCACCCCUGUCGGAGAUGUGGUCGAACCCCUGGAUAUAAGUAUGGCAACCUGGUCACUGGCAAGUCUGGGAGGGCGCCCGUUCCUGUUAGUCAGCCACUUAAAACCCCAUCUCAAAGGGCCCGAGCCAGGCCAGAACCACUUGCUUUCAUACAUACCUAUAAGUAAGUACAAAAAAGGUAUGGGGGAAUGGGAGUAUCAGACGAACACGGUCAACCUCAGCCACUGCAGUCAAUUGAGAUUUUCUCAUGCCUACCGCGACCUACUUUUGAAUUUUGAUAUCUUUCUUAGCCUCAUCCGUGCUGCCCGUCCGGCGCCUUCCCUCAUUUGA